CCACCAAAAUAUUACUUCAUCGAUUUCAGUCUUUCCAAUCAUUACAAUGCUGAUGAUCUUUCUGCUGCAGAGCCUGCUCUUGGAGGUGAUCAAAUGGUACCAGAGGCCAUCGCUGACCCAAUGAUAUUCUGUAACCCAUUUGCUAUUGAUAGCAAUGCGCUGAGAGCCUUCCUGCCCGAGGUCGGUUACACCUGCUGA